UUUUCCACUCCUUGCUCUCUCUAAUGGCAGAAAACAAUUCACUUUCCUUUCUCUCUCUAGAAUCACAAUCCACUCUCUCUCUCUUUCUCUGAUGCUAUGAAAAGCAAAAGCUGCACAGGCACCCUGCAGUUGUUCCAUUGCCUAAUUCCUACACUCUAAUCUCUCCCCUCUCUCUCUCUAGCUUUCGUUUUGGGUAAUUCUUCAGUACCCAUCAGUCUUUUUCAUUGCAUUCUGUAAAUUUCUCCCUCUUUCGGCUUCUUCUUCUUCUUACGAGUUACAGAAAUCGAAAUCGUCCUUUUUCGAGUUCUGGGUUCUUCUCAUUCUCUUCGUUUUCUUUUCCCUUCUCUCCAAUGGAGAAGAAACCUAGCUUCUUCUCUGUUCUGAAAGAGGAGGUAAUUCGCGGGCUGUCGCCGUCGCGUUCUCGCGCCAAAAGUCCGGCCAGAACUGGGUCGCCGUUCUCCGUCCUGCUACGGAGGAAGAAGCAUCAGUACGGCAGCCACGGCGGGGUCGUUCCGCAGCAGUUCAUCGCGCGAUCCGGCAGUUUCCGGCCGGUGGGGGAGGCUCUUACGCCGCUGGUGGAGGGGCCGGAUCCGGACGGCGGCGAAAUUGGGGAAUCUAAGAGGAUGAGUUCGGGGUUGGGGCAGUGGAUGAAAGGCCAGCUCUCGCGAACUCCUUCCAUAGCUUCUUCCAUGGCGAAUAAGAGGUCUGAUUUGAGGCUCUUGCUCGGCGUCAUGGGAGCUCCUCUUGCUCCGGUGCAUGUCAGCACCUCCGAUCCUCUACCCCACCUCAGUAUUAAAGAUACCCCCAUUGAAACUUCAUCAGCUCAGUACAUAUUGCAACAAUACACAGCAGCAUCUGGUGGGCAGAAGCUUCAGAACUCCAUUAGAAAUGCAUAUGCAAUGGGGAAGCUUAGGAUGGUAGCCUCUGAGUUUGAAACAGCAACAAAGGUGAUGAAGAGCAGAAAUGCCUCGACCCGAGCCGAGUCGGGUGGCUUUGUGCUCUGGCAGAUGAAUCCAGACAUGUGGUAUGUAGAGCUUGCAGUUGGAGGCAGUAAAGUUCAUGCAGGGUGCAAUGGAAAGCUCGUUUGGAGGCACACGCCCUGGCUUGGUGCUCACACUGCCAAAGGGCCGGUUCGACCUCUGCGCCGUGCACUUCAGGGUCUUGAUCCUAGAACAAUAGCCAGGAUGUUUGCUGAUGCAAAAUGCAUAGGAGAGAAGAAAAUCAACGGUGAGGAUUGCUUCAUCCUAAAGCUCUGUGCUGACCCUCAAACGUUGAAGUCAAGAAGCGAAGGACCGGCAGAGAUUAUCAGGCAUGUCUUGUUUGGCUACUUCAGCCAGAAAACAGGAUUGCUGGUGUACAUGGAAGAUUCUCAUCUGACCCGCAUUCAGUCCAACGGCGGUGAUGCAGUUUACUGGGAAACCACAAUCAAUUCGUUUCUCGACGAUUACCGGUCUGUUGAAGGUAUCAUGAUCGCGCACUCUGGCCGCUCUGUGGUCACCCUCUUCAGAUUCGGUGAGAUGGCCAUGAGUCACACCAAAACGAAGAUGGAAGAAGCGUGGACAAUCGAAGAGGUUGCAUUCAACAUCCCGGGGUUAUCAAUAGACUGUUUCAUCCCCCCAGCUGACUUGAGAUCAUGUUCCAUCAGUGAAGCCAGUGAGCUCCCUCAGGAUGAAAGGGCAAAAGGUGCAAUUGCACUAGCAGCAUACCGAGCUAAAGUUGCUGCUCUGGAAAAUCCCGAUGAUGACAGUACCGAUAACAUGACAUGGAAGUCGGAAUUCUAACCAUUGUGGAAGAAGAAGGACGCAUUUAGAGCAGUUGUUUAUACUCAGAAGGUGAUUCUAUAAUUUUAGGAAGCAAUAGAGUAAGGAGUCUUAUAAUAUAGAUUCUUACAAGUUCAUGUUAUGCCUCUGUUAAUCUGUAAAUAGAGAUAAAUAUUCUCAGGCUUCAAAAACAAGCCUGAAUGAAUCUUUAUACUCGGUAGCAGAAUCCAACUGCGGAGUUGGAGCUCGGGUUUCCAGUUAGGGAUAGAGCGAAUGGAGGUCCAUUUUUUUUCGGUUCACAUUCGAUGCAAGUUAGGAACGCGGUGAAGCUUUGUAAGGCAGAACAACUUUACCCUUCUUUAAUCUUACUAAUUUUUCAUGCUUUAAAUGAAAAA